AUGAGCGAGAAAGCCUCAGACACCUCAACUCACCCCUCUCAAACAGCUGGCGAGAUGGAGCAGCAGCGCCAGCAGGAGAAGUCUGAUGUCCAGCAAGCCUCCAAGGAUGUUGAAGGCCAAAAAGAACCUGAUGUCGUGUUCCCACCUGCCGCCGUUGUCGUUCCCAUCCUCAUCACCAUAUACAUGGGUCUAUUCCUCGUCGCUCUGGACAGGACAAUUCUAGCAACCGCAAUUCCCAUCAUCACCGAUGAAUUCCAUUCACUGGGAGAUGUCGGCUGGUACGGUUCCGCUUACAUGCUUACUGGCUGCACGACCCAGCUGAUAGUGGGACGCAUCUAUACCUUCUACAACCAGAAGGCUGUUUACUUGACCUCGCUUUUCCUCUUCGAGGCCGGAUCGGCCAUCUGUGGUGCAGCUCCCAGCUCCACCGUCUUCAUCGUCGGACGGGCUAUCGCCGGUCUUGGUUCGGGAGGCGUGUUUACUGGUGGUGUUCUCUUGACCAUACCCCUCGUUCCGCUCCAGAAACGUCCUAUGAUCCAAGGUCUCGGCGGAGCUCUUUUCGGAAUCGCCAGUGUCGUCGGACCGCUUCUCGGAGGAGCAUUCACAGACCACGUGACGUGGCGAUGGUGUUUCUACAUCAACCUUCCCGUUGGCGCGGUCGUGGCCGUCGUCGUCUUCUUCGUCAUCAAGCAAAGCGAUCCGCCAACGAACGCCACCAUGAGCGGCAAGGACAAGCUCAUGCAACUCGACCCGCUAGGCCAAUUCUUCUUCGUGCCGGGUAUGGUCUGCCUGCUCCUCGCGCUGCAAUGGGGUGGCUCCACCUACAACUGGGCAAACGCACGCAUCAUUGUCCUCCUCAUCCUCGCAAUUCUCCUGCUCGCCGCUUUCGUCGUCGUGCAGGCCAUCAACCGCAACAACACAGCCACCGUUGCGCCACGCAUCAUCAAGCAACGCACCGUCGCAGGCGCCACCUGGUUCAUGUUCUGCAAUGCGGCGGCCAUGAUGGGUUUCGUCUACUACCUGCCGAUCUGGUUCCAAGCCAUCAAGGGCGUCGACGCCAUGUCCUCCGGCCUGAUGCUGCUCCCGCUGAUCCUCUCGCUCGUCGUGGCCAGCAUCAUCACGGGCAUCCUGGUCUCGCGCAUCGGCUACUACACGCCCUUCCUGAUCGCGUGCUCGGUCGUGUCGGCCGUCGGCGCGGGCAUGCUGACGACCUUCGAGACCGACUCGGGCCGUGGCGAGUGGAUCGGCUACCAGGUGCUGUUCGGCUUCGGGCUGGGGCUGGGCAUGCAGCAGGCCAACAUCGCCAUCCAGUGCGUGCUGCCGCGCGCCGACGUGCCCGUCGGCGUCACCGUCCUGUUCUUCGCCCAGCAGCUCGGCGGCGCCGUCUUCGUCUCCGUCUGCCAGAACGUCUUCACCAACGAGCUCGUCAACGGCGUCCGCAAGCUGGCCUCCAACGUCAGCCCGAUGCAGAUCGUCGGCACCGGCGCUACCGACUUGCGCAAUGUGCUGAGUGAGGAUGCGUUGGGGUCCGUCUUGGCGGCUUACAACGGUGCUCUCAUGAAGGCCUUCACCGUGGCCUUGGCGAUGACGUGUUUUAGCAUAUUUGGGUCAAGCUUACUCGAAUGGAAGAGCGUGAAGAAGGUGAAGGAUGAGGAGGCAUCGGCGAUGAAGGAGAAGCAGCAGAAACAGAAGGGAGUGGAGAAGGAUGAGGAGAAGACCGUGGACUCGGAAGCACGGACGAGAGAUGACCGCGAAGACCCUGAUGUUGAGAAGAGGCAGUCAUAA